GUUUGUCUAUUAAGCAUGUAGGUAUCUAGUAUCUUCUAUCUAUGGUCGUCAUAUGUAUUUUCAUAACCUCACUUUUUGAGUAAUUUUACGAGUUACUGACAUUUUAAUUUGUUAAUGUUUUUAUUUGUAUGUGUUAUUUAUUAUUUUUAAAACAAUGUAUUCAGACGAAACGUCUUGUUCGGAUUGCAAGUUAGAAUUAAUUGAAAAACGAUGGACGCAACUUUUACUGAAUUGGCUAAACAAAUGUGUCCACCCCAAAACGCCCGUGAAGGAACUGCAUAGUAAAUGUCUGAUGGAAAUAAUCCAUAAGUAUGAACAAGACAUCUGUGCUGAUGACAUCGACAAAGACAUACUGUGUUGUGGUGAUAUUGAGCAGUUUAUCAAGUAUAAAUACCCGAUUUUGAGGCUUAGACAAUUCUGGGACGCAAAACAAUUGCCGAAGAAGUUGUACAUCCUACACACGGUCCUACUGUUCCAUUGCUGCGUCAGCUCAGUAGAUGGCGCUGUGGACAGUGAUAUUUGCGCCAAUCUAGACAAAGAUGAACAAGAGAUGAUAUUGAAGUUCUGUGAGAGACUGUCCGAUAUGGAAGUCACGGCUAAUAAUAUUGAGUGGGCUGUCAGAGACGCCUACGAAGCUGUAGAAUCAUCAACAAAACCAUACAAAAAGAAGAUUCCAGAACGAAAAUCGCCUGACAUGAAAGCAUUUGUAUCUGACUCCACAAACCCUUGCACAACAUCUGAAGACCUUUCAAUGAACUCCAUGAUCUCCGAACCAUCAGCCGCAGAGAGCAUGCAAAAGAAAUUCGAUGCUUUAAAAUUCAAAUCUUCUAUAACUGUCCUACCUUCAGUCGUUACUGACGCUGAUAAGUCAUCGUAUUCAGAACUUGAUUACGUCAUCAAUUACGGGUCGAAAUCUGAUUUGAGUGAAAAAGAACCUUAUGAUGAUACAACUAAGGUUGUAAGUAAAGUUAACGUUUUUGGGGGUCCUUUGGCCACUGAACUCCCUGAAGAACGUCGAUGCCAACCAAACUGCUCUUGCAGUAGAUGUGUUCCCUCUGGGCCCUGCUGCGGCGACCCUGGUAGUUCCAUGGCCGCCUGCGAUGGUAGUGACAAAGAAGAAGUCAAAGAAGUGGUCCAGUUCUUGAAGACAGAGAGUAGAAUAUUUAAACACUUCCGUAAAAAGCGGUGGCGAGUAUUCCAAAUGAACUCCUAUAUCUGCAAAAACGGUCUCUGCGAGAAAGUCUACGAGCCAACAUCAGAAUAUAUGUACAGCUCAUUAAGCAGAUGCACUUUAAUAUGCAUGGGUCCCCAGCUAUGGCCAUAUCCCAUAGGAUACACUUACUUCAGUAAAAAGAUCGUAGUCUUGGCCACAGACAAACUUGAAUAUAAGUUCCAAUCAGUACCUUCGGAGGCAGUCCAUCUCUAUUUAGCAGAAGCUUUCAAACUUUUCCUCGGAGAAUUAGCAAAAUUGGAAAGGUACUCCAUUGGAACAAGACAAAUGAAUUUAUCAAGAGAUAUAAUGAUCAAAAAGAUGUAUAUUCAGAUGGAUGUGGAGUCAGACCCUGAUCCUAGAAUAAGGCUAGACACGGAAGAAUCUUAUACAAUUAAAAUUGAGACUUUGAAUAACCAAGUUUCAAUGAAGCUAUUUGCAGCAUCGUUUUGUGGCAUGAGACAUGCUUUAGAAACUCUUAGCCAGUUGAUAUUAUUAGAUCAGACAACUGGGAACCUCAUUACUUUAUCAAACAUGGUUAUAAAAGACGCUCCCAGCUACAAAUAUAGAGGUCUGAUGCUAGAUACAGGGAGGAACUACAUACCGGUACCAGAUAUAAUGAGAACGAUAGAUGCUAUGGCAUCUUGCAAGCUUAAUACUUUUCAUUGGAGAAUAUCGGAUGUAGCAAGUUUUCCUCUGUACUUACCAGCCGUGCCACAACUGUUUGAAUACGGAUCUUAUAGCAAACAUCACGUUUAUACUAAAGAAGAUGUGAAAGCAGUAGUGAAAAGGGCUGGGGUAAGAGGAAUAAGGGUUUUAUUAGAAGUUGCAGCUCCUGGACCCGUGGGAAGGGCCUGGUCUUGGAUACCAGAAGCCACAUGCCCAACGAAGAACAGAAACUUUACUUGCAACAAUGUUCUUUGUCUUAGACUCGGGAUCCACGAUUCAGUUUUUGAUAUACUCCAGAUUAUUUAUUCUGAAAUAUUGGAGAUGACGAAAAUAUCAGAUGUUUUCCAUUUGAGCGAUAGCGUGUUUUCCUUGGCUAAUUGCUUUUAUUUGAUUGAGGAGAGAGAAGGGUUUUUGGAUAAGGCUUUAGAGAGAUUGAAGCUGGCUAACAAGGGGUUUUUGCCGAAGUUGCCAAUUGUCUGGUAUACUGCGCAUUUGACAAAAGACUAUGAAGCUAGGACUUGGGACAGAUAUGGAGUGCAACUAACGGAAUGGCAUCCAAAUCCUUCAGAGCAGUUCCUCAGCCGAUUCAAGGUCAUUCAUUCAACUAGAUGGGACCUCUCCUGCGAUAUUAAGAAGCAAAGAUGUGUCAAAUAUAGGACAUGGCAAGACAUGUACGCCUGGAAGUCUUGGAGAAACAUUGAAGUCUUUACCAUAGAAGGAGGAGAAGCAAUGCUUUGGACUGAUAUUGUUGACUCGGGUAAUUUGGACUACCACUUAUGGCCAAGAGCGGCAGCCGUAGCAGAACGCUUGUGGUCUGACAUCGCUCUCAACGGGUCUGUCACGGGACCAGUUUACGUCAGAUUGGAUAGCCAUAGAUGGCGCAUGGUGUUAAAAUCAGUUCAAGUGCAACCAAUAUGGCCGCUUUACUGUAGUUUCAGUCCCGGUAUUUGUUUACAAAAAAUAAAGAAAUAA